AUGUCAUUCCUAAAUACAAUUAGAGGACUUGGACGUAGUUCGAAAAAAAACAAGAAGGAUUUAGAUCCAACAUUAUCAACUGCAUCUUUUUCGUCGUCGCCAGCAUUCUACGCUCACUCAAACUCAUCCGGUAAUAAUCUUCGAAGAACACAAUCACCCACUAAAACUUCACCAUCAAAACAUUCUAACUCACCAGUACGAUCAUCUGCUGCUGAUUCUUCCAGUAUACGUUCCCAACAGGGAUAUGCUCAGCAACAGCUCCAACAAGUCUCACCAACAAAACGAAACAGACUUCAGCAUCCACAACAACAACAACAACUGCUACAGCAUCACAACCAAAACAGACAACUGCUGCCACUGCGUACAAUUCAGCGAAAAAGUAAAUCACAGCACUUUGAUGCUUCUUCAUCUUCUGCUUCUUCUACGCCACCGCCAUUGUUCCUUUGCGAACCCUAUGUUCGCACUGCGUUGGUCAAGGGCUCAUACAAGACCAUUGUCCAACUUCCUGCGUAUGUCGACUUGAAUGAAUGGCUCACGCUUAACAUUUUUGAGUUUUUCGGCAAUUUGGACUCAUUUUAUGGCUUAGUCUCAGACUUUGUCACGCCUGAUCAAUUCCCCACCAUGAAUGCAGGCCCCACCACUAAUUACCUCUGGGUUGACUCCACGGGUCAAGCAGUGAACUUGCCAGCAAGGACAUAUAUUGAUUAUGUUAUAACUUGGAUUAGUUCCAAGAUCAAUGACCAAGAGAAUUUCCCGACGAAAACGGGAGCAGUUUUUCCACCGUUUGUACAAAAAGACGUCAAGAACAUCACGAGACAAAUGUUUCGCAUAUUCGCAUUUAUUUAUUAUAACCAGUUUGACAAAAUUGUACAUUUAAGUCUUGAAGCACAUUUCAAUUCGUUUUUUGCGCAUUUCGUUUCUUUUAUCAAGGAAUUUGGAUUGUUAGAUCAGAGAGAAUUGGAGCCUUUACAAUGCUUAAUCGAUAGUUUUGAACAACAAGGUAAGAUCAAUUGA